AUGUGCGUCAGCAAAAGUGAUGGAAAGUCUGCAGAAUCCUGGACGAACUUCUGCUAUGAGUGCGCAAAGAAAGGUCCGACAGGCAAGCUGGGAGAGGAGGAGGUGACGUGGCUGGCUAUCAAGCUAGCCCGACCAGGAUCUGACAGCUACGCUGCCUUCAAAAUAAAAGGCCCUGCGUCGGUUCAGACGUACAGCAUUGUGUCAGACAUCAUACCAGAGGAGGAGCUGCAGAGGAUUUCUGGUUUGGCACUCUACAACGGUCACAGUUCUGCCAAAGGGAAGGAGCAGAGAGACGCCGAACGAGAGGACGGUAGGAGGAGGCCUGGAGCCUCCACAGUGGUGCCUGGCACUAGCGGACAAAGAGGUAUGAAUAACUACAACGGGAAGGUCCUGACGAGGGGCUCCAACCAAGUCCGGAGCCGCUUUGUGAAGAAGAACGGACAAUGCAAUGUGGUAUUCACCAACAUGGAGGACCGGCGUCAACGCUACCUCGCAGACAUCUUCACCACCUGCGUGGACAUCAGCUGGAGAUAUCUACUACUUAUAUUCUGCACCAGCUUCCUCAUCUCAUGGCUGAUAUUUGGCUUAGUCUUUUACACCGUCGCCCUUGCACACGGGGACUUUGAGGAGCCUCCUAAGCAGAAAGCUAGUGGGCUGGUGGCAGGAAUGUACGGGCCCUCCUCUGGGCCCUCGGUUGUGGGGCAGACACAAAGGAUGCCCUGCAUACUGCAUGUUCAGGGCUUUGUCGGGGCGCUCCUCUUCUCUAUGGAGACACAGACUACUAUUGGCUAUGGCUGGCGCUGCGUCACAGAGGAGUGCCCCCUGGCUGUUUUAACAGUGGUUAUACAGUCCAUCCUUGGCUGCAUCAUUGACUCCUUUAUGAUCGGCACCAUUAUGGCGAAGAUGGCUCGGCCAAAGAAGAGGAACCAGACCCUGCUGUUCUCCAAAAACGCUGUCAUUGCUCUGCGUGACGGCAAACUGUGCCUCAUGUGGAGGGUGGGCAACCUGCGGAGGAGCCACAUCGUGGAGGCUCACGUCCGUGCACAGCUCAUACGGUCAUACGUCACAGCCGAGGGCGAGUUCAUCCCUCUGGAGCAGAUGGACCUCAAUGUGGGCUACGAUGAAGGCACGGACAGGCUGUUUUUAGUGUCUCCGCUGGUUAUAAUCCACGAAAUAGACAAGGAUAGCCCUUUGUACACUUUGAGCCGAGCAGACCUGGAAGCAGACGACUUCGAGAUCGUCGUGAUCUUGGAGGGGAUGGUGGAGGCCACAGCCAUGACCACGCAGUUUCGUAGCUCUUACCUCGCGAGAGAAAUCUUCUGGGGUCACAGGUUUGAGCCGGUGAUCUACGAGGACCGGGACCGCUACAAGAUAGACUACGCACGCUUCCACAAUACCUACGAGGUCCCGUCGACACCCCAUCUCAGCGCAAAAGAGCUGGACGAGGCUGGGAGCCAGGCAUCCUUCCCUGCAUCUCCUCCGUCAGCCUAUAGAUCCACACAAGACCUGAUCUCACGGUCUCUGACUGCCUUCUGCUAUGAGAACGAGGUGGCCCUGAGCUGUGCAGAGGAAGAAGAGGAAGACAUAUUUGACUCUGCCCAGAUGGUAGGGAAGGAGAAGGUAGAGGAGAGGAGGACGUCCGUUGACUUUCAAAGUGUCUUUCAUGACACAGCGACCAUAACCUCAGGCAGUCACAAUGUCAUGUGUGUUCUGGACAUGGACAAUAACCAGAUGGAGUUUGACAGCCUACAUACUGCGAUUCCUCUUGAUCCCUUCACCUAUAAGAGUGAGCAAGAGGCCUAG